AUGGACUGGGCCGUCAAGGCCAAGACCAGCGGUCAGUACAACGUGUGCGCCAUCAACUUGUCGCUGGGCUCAGAGGUCGGCCGCGCCGCGCCGUGCCGCGACGGCGCGUACGAGCCCGCGUUUGCGGCGGCCCGCGCGGCGGGCGUGCUGCCCGUGGUCGCCUCGGGCAACGAGGCGAACAAGACCGCGGUCGCGUACCCGGGCUGCGCGCCGUCGGCGGUCAGCGUCGGGGCCGUAUACGAUCGCGAUGUCGGGUCGCGGGCAUGGACCGUCUGCGCGGACGCGGCGACGGCGGCGGACCAGGCGGCGUGCUUCUCUAACAGCGCACCCUUCAUGACACUCCUCGCGCCCGGCGCCAUCAUCAACGCCGGCGGCUGGUCCAUGGCCGGCACCAGCCAGGCCGCGCCGCACGCCGCGGGCGCGAUCGCCGUGCUCAAGGCCGCCGUGCCGGCCGCGACGCCCGACCAGGUCGUGUCGGCGCUGCGGUCCAGCGGCAAGCCGAUUACGGACGGGCGCAACGGCGUCACCACGCCGCGCAUCAAUGUGCCUGCCGGCGUGGCUGCGCUGCAGGCCGCCCUGGACAAGGCCGCGCCGACUGGCUCGGUCCUGAUCAACGGUGGCGCGGCGACGGCCGCCUCGCUCGACGCGGCGCUGACGAUCGCCGGCGCCGAUGCGAGCGGCGUCGCGGCGAUGUGCGUCAGCAACGCCCCGGGCGCGUGCGUCGCGUUCGAGCCGUUUGCGGCCGCCAAGGCAUGGCGGCUGGCAGACGGCGCGGACGGGCCGCGCACUGUGUACGUGACGCUGCGCGACUCGGUCGGCAACACCAUGGCCGUCCCGGCGCAGGCGUCCAUCGCGCUCCAGCGGACGGUUGCCGCCCUGGGCCCCUCCCCUCCCGCAAACGCAUCCGCCGAGCCCGGGCCGUCGCCCUCCCCGGUGCCCUCCCCGGUGCUCUCCCCGGUGCUCUCCCCGGUGCUCUCCCCGGUGCUCUCCCCGGUGCUCUCCCCGGCGUCGUCCCCGGCCGCUCCGCCGUCGCCCGCGCCAGACACCGCGCCGCCUACUGGGGGCUCCCUCCUCAUUAACGGCGGCGCGGCCUCAACCGACAGUCCCGACGUCACACUCGCCCUGUCAGCAACCGACGCGAGCGGGGUCGCGUGGAUGUGCAUCAGCAACGCCGCGGCCGGCUGCGCGCCGUUCGAGCCGUUCGCGCGGACAAAGGCGUGGUCACUGCCCGGCGGCCCCGACGGGCCGCGGACGGUGUACGCACUGCUGCGGGACGCGGUCGGCAACACCAUGGCCGCCCCGCUGCAGGCGACGAUCCAGCUUGCAACACCGUCGCCCCCCGCCAGCACCCCCGGAUCAACCGUCGCAAUCAACGGCGGCGCCGCCUACACCAGCGCGCGCAGGGUCAGCCUGGCAAUCACCCCUGCCGGCCCCGUGCCGCCGCGGACGCAGAUGUGCAUCAGCGAGGCCGCGGUUGACGCCGCCGGCUGCAGCCGGUGGUUCGGCUACUCGGCCACAAAAAAGUUCAUGCUCGCGUCGUCGCCGCAGGGCCUGAGGACCGUGCGCGUCUUCUUCAGGCUCCGCGACCCGUCGGCGGGCGUCGCGCCCGCCCCCGCGGUCGGGACGAUCAUCUACGACACGUCCGGCCCGGGCAUGAACCCCGACGCGAUGCGGCUCUCCGCCACUCCGGCGGCCGGCGGCGGCGUCACCGUCGGAUUCCUGCAGGCCGCGUCGGACGGGCUCUCAGGCGUCUCGCAGUACCUGGUCGUCGGGCGGCAGGGCUCGUCCGCGCCCCCGCGCUGCCGCGGCGCGAGCCUCAAGAGCGCGCAGAGAAAGGGGCUGGGCAUGAGCGUCCAGGCCGCGCCGGGGGCGGGCAACAAGGCCGGGGCGGGCGCGGGCGCGGGUGCGACGUCCGCGCCGGCGGCGGAGGCGGCGUCGUUCUCGGGGCUCAAGGCAGGGGAGACGUACUCGUUCAGGAUCUGCGCCGUCGACGGGGCCGGCAACGUGGCCGCUGGGCUGACAUUGACUACCCAGGCCUAG